UGGACACGCCAUAACCAACGCCACUCAACUUUUUAGUAUUGACAAAUCAUAUAAAACUACAUGAAGUCAUGAACCACUCCAAACUGCAAAGUCCACACCAAAUCCAAAUUUCAAAGCUUUUCAGCAGAAAAAGAAAUACAAUCGAUCUCAAUGUUUAACAUUCUCUGCUUUCUCUUCCACAUCUACAAUAUUGUCCCUGCAGGAUUUGCCUUCACUGCACCUCAAGACAUCUCAGCUCUCAAAGCAUUCAAGGCUUCAAUCAAGCCUUCUUCAAUCCCUCCCUGGUCCUGCCUAGCCUCCUGGGACUUCUCCACCGACCCAUGUUCGCUCCCUCGCCGGACCCACUUCACAUGCGGAAUUACCUGCUCCUCCGAUUCAACUCGGGUAACCCAACUCACUCUUGACCCGGUUGGCUACUCAGGUCAACUCACCCCACUCGUUUCUCAACUCUCCCAACUUAACAUCCUAGACCUCUCCGAGAACAACUUCUCCGGCCCAAUCCCUCUCUCCAUUUCAUCUCUUACAAAUCUUCAAAUGCUCACUCUCCGGUCCAACUCCUUCUCCGGUCUGAUCCCUGAAUCGUUAACCCAACUCAAAUCUCUCGAUUCAAUUGACUUCUCGCAUAAUUUUCUAUCUGGAAAUCUCCCUAAAAACAUGAAUUCACUCUCUAGCUUAACGAGUAUCGAUCUGAGCUACAACAGACUCGCUGGGUCACUACCCAAUCUACCUUAUAAAUUAUACUAUUUUGCUGCGAAGGCCAAUUCGUUUUCUGGUUCUCUCCUAAAAUCGUCUUUUCAAGGGUUAACUCAGUUGAAAGUGGUGGAACUCAGUGUGAACUCGCUCGCCGGGACAUUACAGAGCUGGUUCUUUCACUUGCCGGCAAUUCAGCAGGUCAAUUUGUCAAACAACAGCUUGACACGUGUCGACGUGCCGAGGCCACUCAGUGGGAACAGCGACCUGGUGGCCUUCGAUCUCGGGUUCAAUAGAAUCGAGGGCCACGCGCCCGUGAAUUUCGCUGCAUACCCGUUGUUGUCUGCUUUGUCAUUACGCUACAACCGAUUACGUGGCGACAUCCCAUUGGAGUACAGCCAGCAAAAGAACUUGAGGAGGAUAUAUUUGGACGGCAACUUCUUAAUCGGGACUCCGCCUGCUGGGUUCUUCUCAGGCGGGAUGCCGUUUUCCGGUAGCUUGGGAGAUAAUUGUCUACAAGGGUGUCCAGGGUCUUCUGAGCUUUGCAGUCCACAGCAGAAAUCAAGUUCUAUUUGCAAGCAAGCUUACGGUGGAAAACCAAGGUCUUAGUUAGUGCAAGACAACUAUUAUACACUAUUUUUUUUAUAUUUUAUUUUACUUUAAGAUAAUGCGUAUCAGUGUCAUGAAUAUGAAUAUUUUAAAUGAGAUAUAGCCACUGUCAUGUUGACGAUGUGAUCCCUUUGGUUUGAAGCAUCUUUGAUCUCUGAAAACUGAAAAGAACAGCGUAUGUGCUUAUAUUAUUCUUAUUGUAUGCUUAUCGUUUCUAUUUUUAUUACUAUUUUCAUGAA